UAGGCUUGUCGGGAAGCGAGAGCCGCGCGGGUCGGAAGUGUCUCGCGGUGGGCACAGGGCUCGCCGGGAAAUGUAGUCCCUCGGGGCGGCCCCGGGCGGUGCCCGUACGUUCAGCAGACCCGGCGGCCGAUCGGGCGUGGACCCGGGAUGGCUGGGCCGGGUGGCUCGGGGGGCCCGAUCGGGGCCGGGGCCCUGGCCGGCGGCGCGCGGUCCAAGGUGGCCCCGAGCGUGGACUUUGACCACAGCUGCUCGGACAGUGUUGAGUACCUGACGCUCAACUUCGGGCCCUUCGAGACGGUGCAUCGUUGGCGGCGCCUCCCGCCCUGCGACGAGUUCGUGGGCGCCCGGCGCAGCAAACACACAGUGGUGGCCUAUAAAGACGCCAUCUAUGUGUUUGGUGGAGACAAUGGGAAGACGAUGCUUAAUGACCUCCUGCGGUUUGAUGUGAAGGACUGCUCCUGGUGCAGAGCCUUCACGACAGGGACCCCGCCAGCCCCCCGCUACCACCACUCGGCCGUGGUCUACGGGAGCAGCAUGUUUGUCUUCGGUGGCUACACUGGGGACAUUUAUUCCAAUUCUAACUUGAAGAAUAAAAAUGACCUCUUUGAAUACAAGUUUGCAACUGGCCAGUGGACAGAGUGGAAAAUUGAAGGACGGUUGCCAGUUGCUCGGUCAGCCCACGGUGCCACGGUGUACAGUGACAAGCUGUGGAUCUUCGCUGGCUAUGAUGGCAAUGCCAGGUUGAACGACAUGUGGACCAUUGGCCUCCAGGACCGGGAGCUCACGUGCUGGGAGGAGGUGGCCCAGAGCGGCGAGAUCCCACCCUCCUGCUGCAACUUCCCUGUGGCCGUGUGCCGGGACAAGAUGUUCGUGUUCUCAGGGCAGAGCGGAGCCAAGAUCACCAACAGCCUGUUCCAGUUUGAGUUCAAGGACAAGAUGUGGACGCGCAUCCCCACUGAGCACCUGCUCCGUGGCUCCCCGCCACCCCCACAGCGGCGCUAUGGGCACACCAUGGUGGCCUUUGACCGCCACCUCUAUGUGUUUGGGGGUGCCGCGGACAAUACACUGCCCAACGAGCUGCACUGCUAUGAUGUGGACUUCCAGACGUGGGAGGUCGUCCAGCCCAGCUCAGACAGCGAGGUCGGCGGGGCUGAGCUACCGGAGCGAGCAUCUGCUUCCGAGGAGCUGCCUUCCCUGGGCUCUGAGGAGCGGGGGGCCUUCAGGAAGUCCCGCGAUGUGUUCGGCCUGGACUUUGGCACCACCACAGCCAAGCAGCCUGCCCCGCCAGCCUCAGAGCUGCCCAGCGGAAGGCUCUUCCACGCAGCUGCUGUGAUCUCGGACGCCAUGUACAUCUUCGGGGGCACAGUGGACAACAACAUACGCAGUGGGGAGAUGUACAGGUUCCAGUUCUCCUGUUACCCCAAGUGCACACUGCAUGAAGACUAUGGGCGGCUGUGGGAGAGCCGCCAGUUCUGUGACGUGGAGUUUGUGUUGGGUGAGAAGGAGGAGUGUGUGCAGGGCCACGUGGCCAUCGUCACAGCGCGGAGCCGCUGGCUCCGCCGGAAGAUUGUGCAGGCGCGGGAGCGGCUGGCCCAGAAGCUGGAGGAGGAGACUGCCCUGGCGCCCGGGGAGGCCCCUGGUGCAGCUGUGGGUGGGGCCCGGCCGCCCCUGCUGCGAGUGGCCAUCCGCGAGGCCGAGGCCCGGCCGUUUGAGGUGCUCAUGCAGUUCCUCUACACCGACAAGAUCAAGUACCCAAGGAGAGGCCACGUGGAGGACGUGCUGCUCAUCGUGGACGUGUACAAGCUGGCGCUGAGCUUCCAGCUGAGCCGUCUGGAGCAGCUGUGUCGGCAGUACAUCGAGGCUUCUGUGGACCUGCAGAACGUGCUCAUCGUGUGCGAGAGCGCCACGCGGCUGCAGCUGGGCCAGCUCAAGGAGCACUGCCUGAACUUCGUGGUGAAGGAGUCCCACUUCAACCAGGUGAUCAUGAUGAAGGAGUUCGAGCGCCUCUCCUCCCCACUUAUCGUGGAGAUAGUGCGACGGAAGCAGCAGCCACCUCCCCGUGCCCCCUCAGACCAGCCCGUGGACAUCGGCACAUCUCUGAUCCAGGACAUGAAGGCGUACCUGGAGGGGGCAGGUGCGGAGUUCUGUGACAUCACACUGCUGCUGGAUGGGCACCCCCGGCCAGCCCACAAGGCCAUCCUGGCCGCCCGCUCCAGCUACUUCGAGGCCAUGUUCCGGUCCUUCAUGCCUGAGGACGGGCAGGUGAACAUCUCCAUCGGGGAGAUGGUGCCCAGUAGGCAGGCCUUCGAGUCCAUGCUGCGCUACAUUUACUACGGCGAGGUCAACAUGCCGCCCGAGGACUCACUCUACCUGUUCGCGGCCCCCUACUACUACGGCUUCUACAACAACCGGCUGCAGGCAUACUGCAAGCAGAACCUGGAGAUGAACGUGACGGUGCAAAACGUGCUACAGAUCCUGGAGGCAGCAGACAAGACACAGGCGCUGGACAUGAAGCGGCACUGCCUGCAUAUUAUCGUGCACCAGUUCACCAAGGUCUCCAAGCUGCCCACGCUGCGCUCGCUGAGCCAGCAGCUGCUGCUUGACAUCAUAGACUCCCUGGCCUCCCACAUCUCCGACAAGCAGUGCGCAGAGCUCUGUGCUGACAUAUGAGCUGGCCCAUGCGGGAGAGUGACCACGCCUACCCUGCCCUGUCCACUGCAAAGACUGCAUUGGCCACGCUCAGGCCUGUAGGAGGUGGUCGGACCUGCCCACCAGGGGGCAGGGAGCCCAGAGCCUUGGGAGGGAGUGGAGGGAGGUGGGGAACCCCGAAGGCCUGUUCACUGCUGAGCACAGGUCUACAGGAAGUGGAUGGCGCCCCAGGCCACCCUGCUGGCACGGUCUCCUGGGUGGAGGUGUGGGUGGGGACAUGCAGGAGGCAGGGGUCCUGGGUAGGGCCCAGCAGUGGGGAGACAAGCCCAUUAGGGACCUGGUUUUGGGUUGCCCACCUAGCAAGGCCCUGGCAUGGCUUGUCAGUCUGGUCACUGGGUUCUGCUGUCAAGGCCCCUUCCACUUGGGGGCUGCACAGCACCCUUCACCCUCACUGAGGCUGGUAUCAGGGGCCUCUCCAGCCACCCUGAGCUUGUUUGUGGGCAACAGUGGUGGGCAGGUGGAGUCUGACUCAGAUGAAUUUCGGGGUGGGAGGGUCCUGAUCAGCCCCCAGUCCUAGGGGUCAGCUACUCUGGACUGAGCCUGGCUUCCUUCCCACCUGGGCAGACAUCUGGGCCCCAGGCUGUUCCAGGAAGUCAGUAGAGAUGCCCCCCAGGUCCCCAUCUGUCCCCAAGUAUUUAUUCUGUCAUAGACACACCUCCAUUAAAGCCACGAGUGCUACCUACCACACACACCUUGUAGCACAGCCCCUCGGCCCUCCCAGAGCUAAGGGCUGAUGGCUUGGGAUUGGCUAGUCUUGCCUGGUUCUCUAUCCGUGUCAGUAAACCCCUAUCCCAACUGGGAGCGCGCCCGAAGGGUUGGGCAGGUAUCCGCCCUGGCCCCUCCCUGCCAGGGGAACCCUGGUGGCCCAGAGCUGCACUAUAGGCCCCUGGCUGUGAGGACCAGCCACCGAAUCCAUCCUGCCCUGACAGAAGGCCAUGCAUGAGUCCACCAUGCCCAAAAGGCAUUGCUCCACCUCCUUUCUGGGACCGGGAACCCAGGGACCUUCUCGCCCUGGCUGCCAGGGAGCCACUGUGGGGCAUUGAUCCCCCUCCCGGCCUUCGAGCUCGUUUCCUUUCUCGGGUUGUGCCCCUUGCUGAAGAGCCCCAGGAGCCGUGUGCAGGUGGACGGAGAGCCCUAGGGGAACCUUGGCAAGGGGAGCCCACCCAUAAUGCCACCAGCGGGCUGGGAAAUAGCCUGGUGCAAGAUGAGCCUCGGUGCCCUUCUGGAAACCCUGCUCAGCAGCAAAGCGUGUCACUCGUCAUGUGACUGUCUCUCCUAUAUGUGAAUAAAUUUACACAGCAAGGA